UCAGCGCCUCACAGUCAGCGCCUCACAGUCAGCACCUCACAGUCAGCGCCUCAGCAGUCAGCCCUCACAGUCAUCGCCUCACAGCCAGCGCCUGCCAGUCAGCACCUCCUCCCAGUCAGCACCCCACAGUCAGUGCCCGCAGUCAGCCCCUACAGUCAGCACCUCACAGUCAUCGCCUCACAGUCAGCGCCUCACAGCCAGCACCUCACAGUCAGCACAUCACAGUCAGCACCCACAGUCACGCCUCACAGCCGCCUCACAGUCAGCACAUCACAGUCAGCACUCUCUACAGCCGCCCACAGUCAGCACCUCACAGUCAGCACAUCACGUCAGCACUACAGUCACGCCUCACAGUCAGCGCCCCCACAGUCAGCACAUCACAGUCGCCUCCCAGUCAGCGCCCUCACAGUCAGCGCUCACAGUCGCAACCUCACAGAUAGCACAUCACAGUCAGCACCUCAGUCAGCACCCACAGUCAGCGCCAGCUCACAGUCAGCAAGCCACAGUCAGCACAUCACAGUCAGCGCCCAGUCAGCGCCUCACAGUCAGCGCCCCACAGUCAGCACCACAGUCAGCACAUCACAGUGAGCACCACAGUCAGCGCCUCACAGUCAAGGCCUCACAGUCAGCACAUCACAGUCCGCCCCCACAGUCAGCGCCCAGCCAGCGCCUCACAGUCAGCCAGUCAAUAGAGGUUUACGUGUGGAUGGUGUUUUAG